ACCACUAGAAAGUUCAGGGCAAUGGUGGGUCUAAUGAAGGUCCCAGAGCGCGAGCUCAUGGGUGAUAUUUUAUUGCGCGAGAGUGCUGAACCAUCACUCCCAGUGCACGUGAGUAUCGGCAAAUAUGUCAAAUUGGAAGACGGACACUACAUCGACACUGAAGACAGAGAUAAAUCUGUUAAAAGACGACAGCUUGCCAACGCAAAAGAGAGAUUGCGGGUGAGAAGCCUGAACAGCAUGUUCUCGUAUCUCCGGCGUAUCGUGCCGGUGAUGCCACAGGACCGAAAGCCCAGCAAAGUAGACAUGCUUAAAGCUGCAACUGAGUACAUUCGACUUUUAACAGCCGUUCUCAAUCACACAUCGUCCAGUGGUAGUGGGCAUACUGAUGUUUUCCUAGAAACUGGAAUAAACUAUUCAAACAUAGAGACUGACUGCUCUGAUCUAUGGACCAUGGAAGAUGCUCUGGAGUCAAUGUCAAAUCCCUUUCUGUCUGCGGAUGUGAGUGUGACUCCCCCACUGGUUACCACGGCGACCGGAUCAGAAGAUGAUGUGGAUCUCAACAACAUGACGGUGCAGUGUGUCGUGCCAAUGUACAUUGUGCAGGUUGGCUCAGACCAAACUGUGGUAACAGGACAACUUUCCUCGUAGAAACUUGUACAUUGAAUUAAGCUUUUAUUUCUGUUGUUUGUGCAUUUAAGAUGAAGCUACAGCCUUCUGAUGCUUCUAUUUA